AUGACUGUCAGCGUGGAGAGCCCGGACCAACAUGACUCUGGCAUCAUAACACUCGCUGCUUACCAGCAGUCCGAGGCGCCUGCGGUCAUCAUCCCGGCUACUGAUUCCUCAGAGUCCCAGGAGAUCUCCUACAAAGAAUUGCACCAUGCUGUUUGUCGCCUCCGGCAAGAGCUGGGUCAACUUGGCCUGGACAUUCACAGCCGGCUAGCCUUGGCUCUCCCCAAUGGGAUCGAAUUCGUCGUGUGUUUUUUCGCUGGUGCCGCCCAGGGAGCUCCGGUAGCCCCAAUCAACCCAGCAUACAAGCCCCAGGAGGCCCAGGCUCUCCUCGAACGCAUCAAGCCAAAGAUGCUCCUGGCAUCUCCGCAAAGCGCGGCGGCCUGGGCAGGCGCAGACAUGGGUGUACCUGUCGCGAGUUGCUCUUGGGAUGCCAAAGCCCGGUGUAUUCGCCUCGAGCUACCGGAAAGCAUGCCUCAUCCUCGACCGGUCCAUCUAUGUCAAGUGUCUCCGGAUGACGAUGCAUUGAUGCUCUUCACCAGCGGGACAACCGGCACGCCCAAAGGCGUCAUGCUGACCCAUCGCAAUCUCCUGGUCGCGGUGCAGAUUAUCGUGCGCGCCCAAGGCCUGUCGCCAACCGACCGGUGUGCGAUAGUGACACCUCUUUUCCACGUCGCUGGCGUCGGGAUGUUGUUGCUAUCGACUCUCCUUUCUGGUGGAGCGGCAGUCAUCCCGUCCUCUGUCUCCGGAGCCUUCUGGUCACAGCUUCGGGAGCACGCGGUGACCUGGUAUCACGGGGUACCGACGCUGCAUCGGCUGCUGCUCACGUUCCCACGACCGUCGGACCUGGGACGGUUGCGGUUUGUCUCGUCUGGCGGCAGCUCUCUGGCCGAGGACACCCUGCAGCGUCUGGAAGCCGAACUGGGGCGUCCGGUGCUCGAACGGUACGGGAUGACAGAGACCGCGCCCGGCAUCUUCUGCAACAAGAUCGAUCAGUCUCGCCGGUCCUCGUGCUACCCCGUGGCGCCGGAAAUCACUGUUCGCAUUCUGCAUUCGAGCGGCGAAGGGAAACGCUCGCUGACGGAUCGUAUUGGAGUCAGCGGAGAGAUUUGCGUGAAGGGAGAGAAUGUGAUGAGCGGGUACCUGGACAAUGCUGCUGCCAAUGCGGAUUCCUUUGUGGACGGCUUCUUCCGGACGGGCGAUCUGGGGCUGAUAGAGCCCGAUGGGUACUUGCGCAUCGUCGGCCGCCUCAAGGAGAUUAUCAACAAGGGAGGCGAGAAGAUCGAUCCCACUGAGGUCGAGCAUAUCCUUCUCAAGCAUGAAUCGAUUCGCGACGUGGCCUGCUUUCGCGUAGCAGACGAACUGUAUGGGGAAGAUAUUGGCGUUGCAAUCGUUCUACACGAAGGACGCGAACUCAAAGCACUGCAAGUGAAGAAGUACGUGCGAGAUAAUGCCGUCGGCUUCAAAGUCCCUAAGAAGGUAGUCUUUCUGGAUGCCAUUCCGUGCAACCAGACCGGGAAAUACCAGCGGGUCUUGCUUUCACAGCAAUAUGGAGUAUAG